UUCGGGUCUGCAGUCUAAAUUAAAAAAUAGGAAAGAACAAAAAGACCAGUUAACAGACUUAGUUCCAGAAUUUUUUGAAAGGCAGAAAAGGAAACCUGAGACUUCAUAUGAAAGGUCAAAAUUUAAGAAGGCUAAAGUACAGCAUAACACUGGAGGGCAAAGACAGUCUUUUCCAUACAAUGUAUCUAACUGUAGGACUUUUCCAUUAAGUGGAAAUAAAGAAAAUAGACAGAAAGAUUUCAAGUCUCAAAGUGUGAAACCUAGAAGCACUGGUGCUAUACCUACUUUUCGUAUCCCAAAGAAACAAUGACCAGGAGAUGUAGUGACUUGCAGUCUCUGAAGUUAGGAGAAGGUUCAGUAAAUAUUCAACAGAAAGGUGUCACCUUUAUUCGUCAUGGUUUAGCUAAACAGGACAGACCAUCACAUUUCGGAGCAACUAUUUUCAUACCAUCUUUUUCAGAAAAUAAGAAAUUGGAUCCUAAAAGGUGUUUAUUUUAUUAUUUGAAAGCAACUGAAAAAUAUAGAAAGUCUGGGACUGGUGAAGAUGAAACAAAACUAUUCCUUGGGUUAAAUGAGCCACAUAAACCAGUUAGUUCUCAAACGUUAUCAAACUGGAUUGUUCAGACAUUAAAGUUAACACUUCAAGAUAAUAAGGUUAAAGUUAAAGCUCAUAGUACCAGAGCUAUUGGUCCAUCUUUUGCAUUGUUCAAGGGUGCAUCAAUUGAAUCAAUUUUAGCUUCAGCAGACUGGAGUAGAGAGACUACUUUUACACGUUUUUAUCUAAGAAAUGUAAAUAGUACUUCAACAGUGUUGAAAACUUGAAAUAAGUUUUUUGAACUAAAAUUAAAUUUUAACUUUUAGCGAGUCGCUAUAUCAACUUAUUGAGGGAUUUUUCAUAUUUUAUGGCACUCGAUAAGUGCAUUGGUAUAUACAUAUAUACAUAUAUUGUGUACAUUAGUGAAGAUAGUGUUCUGAGAAUAUAGUGGACAUAGUGUUAUACAAGUGGAAACAGUAUUGACAGUGUUGUUCUGUACAUUUAUACAAGAGGAAACAUAUAUUCUGUACAUAGUGGAGAAUAAAGAAUGGACUUUUUCAUGUACAUAUUGGGAACAGAUACAUAUUUGUUGCAUAAAGAUUUUUGUCAGUAGAUAUUACCCUGCACCACCAUCAGAGGUGAGUAUUGCUUUGAAAUCAAUCCUACAUGUAUAUUUAUGACUGGUAAGUUUAACGAGUGAAAUAAAAUUGAAAAAUUUGUAAUCAAGUUAAAAUUUUAUGAAUAAGUUAAACUUACCAGUCAUACUAGUUUCCCACCACCACCCCUUGGUAAUAUUCGGAUGGUGUAAUUGUUUUCACUUAAUCAGUAAAACUGAGGGGCGCAUGCUUUUACCGGUCCUAUGGACGCUUGCUUUUUAGUUUACGCAUGCGCCUCGGCGAGUCCGAUUGUAAACAAAGGGAAGUAAA